AUGGAUUUGGUUACAGCGACUCGACAGUACAUUAGCGAAAUGAUUCGGUUAGCCGGGCCCGGAAUGAAAAUUAUGAUGAUGGACAAAGAAACGACGAGUACUAUAUCAUGUGUUUACGCACAGAGUGAUGUAAUGCAGAAGGAAGUUUACCUGUUCGAAAGAAUUGAUUCUGGCAUUCAAAGAGAACCAAUAAAGUAUCUCAAAUGUAUUUCCUAUCUACGUCCGACGCCAGAAAACAUAAAUCUCCUUUGUCAGGAACUUCGAUCUCCCAAAUAUGGACAGUAUUAUAUUUAUUUCUGUAAUAUUAUUAGCAAAACAGACGUGAAAACAUUAGCUGAAUCUGACGAACAAGAGAUGGUGCGUGAAAUGCAUGAAUUUUACAUGGAUGGUGUCGCAUUGUGCCCACAUCUAUUUACUUUAAAUAUACCGCAGAAUUAUGGGUUGUCAUAUUCUUUUUCUCUUCCCGUGUUUCGUCGAUCUAUUCUUUCGAUUAUAUCUGUUUUACUAGCUAUGAAGAAAAAACCUCUUAUACGCUAUCAAUUUUCCUAUCCGGAUGCAAAGAGGUUGGCCGAAGAAGUUGCUAGAGCGAUGAUUCGAGAAGAAAAUUUAUUCGAAACUUGUAAAUCUGACACAGUGAUGUUAAUUAUCAACAGAAGCGAAGAUCCAGUCACUCCACUUCUUAAUCAGUGGACAUAUGAGGCAAUGGUACAUGAAUUACUUGGUAUAACUAAUCAUCGAGUUACAACAGAUUCUGCUUCUGAUCUCGGAACUGUUUUACUUUCACCUUUCAGUGAUUCAUUUUAUUCAAAUAAUAUGUACGCAGAUUUCGGUGAAAUAGGACAAAAUAUCAAGAAUCUUAUGACUGAAUUUCAACGAAAAUCUCAAACCACUCAGAAACUUGAAUCAAUCAGUGACAUGAAAAAUUUUGUUGAGCAAUAUCCACAAUUUAAGAGGAUAUCUGGAACCUUAUCGAAACAUGUCUCUGUUGUUGGUGAGCUUUCCAGACUUGUUUCUGCUCGAAAUUUGCUUGAAAUAUCUGAAGUCGAGCAACAGAUUGUGUGUAAUGGUGAACAUUCGCAAUGUCUCGAUGCAGUUCGACGUUUAUUGCAGAAUAAUCAAACCACAGAAAUCGAUUUGACAAGAUUGGUGAUGUUAUAUGCGCUUCGGUUCGAGAGUCAUGCAAAUAAUGAUACUCAAGGACUCAUGCAAUUACUCAAACGUAGGAAUGUUAGCAACAAAAAUUUUAAGGCUGUCAAAGCGGUUCUUGAUUUUACUGGAUCGUCUGCUCGACGAAAUGAUCUUUUUGGGCGUUCUGCUAUUGCUAUAACGAAAAAAUUGAUCAAGGGGAUAAAAGGAGUCGAAAAUAUAUAUACUCAAUAUGAACCUUAUAUAAAUCAAUUGAUUGAUUCUUUAGCCAAAGGGAAGUUAUCAGAAACUGUUUAUCCAUUUAUCACAUCUGGCCAAAACAGUAAGGCUGAUAAUAUAAUAUUAUUUGUUAUUGGUGGGACAACGUAUGCGGAAUCUCGUAUUGUACACUUGUAUAACGAGCGAAGGUACAAUGGCGCAAAUUUACCUGCUGUUCUUCUGCUUUCAACGACAGUACUUAAUACACAAAGGUUUCAUUGUCAUAGUUUCUAA